AUGAGCAAGCUUGUCGCGCACGUCAGCAAGAAGCCGGUACCCGAACACCAGAAGAACAUCAUCUUCGAGGUGACAGCCGAGGACCAGACGGAGGAGGAUGUGGAGAUUCCGUACGUGAUGAUCACUGACUGGGUCAAUCCCAACGACAAGUCCGGCGAGUUCAAGCGUCAACAGUCCGUCUUUCGGAACUGGAUCUCGCGUGAGCCCGGUGCCCAAUUUCCUCCGGAGAAGGACCGCUAUCACCUCUAUGUGUCUUAUGCUUGUCCAUGGGGUAAGGAAUCGCUUAGAGACAUCUCAUGCCUAGAUUGCUGGCGCUUCGCCACUUCUGACGAGAAACUGCCGGGCAAGAACACCGUUCCCGAUCCCUUGCAUCCGCAGUUCACUCAUCUGCGCGAGAUCUACUUCUCCAAUGACCCGGAGUACACGGGUCGGUUCACGGUUCCGAUUCUGUUUGACAAGAAAAACAAGCUGAUCGUCAGCAACGAGAGCGCCGAGAUCAUCCGCAUGCUUUACUAUGAAUUCGACGAUCUCCUGCCCGAGCAAUACAAAAAGGUUGAUCUGUUCCCCAAAGCCCUGCGCAGCGAAAUCGACGCUUCAAAUGAAUGGAUCUACAACGACGUGAAUAACGGCGUGUACAAAUCCGGCUUCGCAACCACGCAAGAGGCAUACGAGAAAGCAGUAACGACGCUCUUCUCCUCGCUCGACCGCAUCGAAACGCAUCUUGCCAAGAAAAUCUCUUCCGGCGGCGCACCUUACUACUUCGGCGACAGCAUCACCGAAGCGGAUAUCCGCCUCUUCACGACCAUCAUCCGCUUCGACCCGGUCUACGUGCAGCACUUCAAGUGCAACAUCCGUGAUAUUCGCUCUGGAUUUCCCGCCAUCCAUCAAUGGGUGCGCCAUCUCUACUGGGAUGUGCCUGCUUUCCAUGACACGACGGAUUUCGAGCAUAUCAAGAAGCACUAUACCAAGUCUCACAAGCAGAUUAAUCAGUUUAGUAUCACGCCCGUUGGGCCGGUGCCGGAUAUUUUGCCUAAGAAUGAGGAGGUGAGGGCUGUUAGGGCGGGUUGA